UUGUUUGCACUUACGAUUAUCAUUGGAUUCCCUCUACCGUUCACGUUUAUCACGGUGUCUCCGGGUUGGGUGACUUCGAUGCUGAUACCCCUGUUGCCGUUUCUGGCAAAAGCUUGGUUAGACCCGGAAGCACGCCUUCAGAUUAUCAACACCUUGAAAUCGUGGAUAUCUCAGGAAAUCCUGGUAGUUAUCUACCCAGCAUACUUCUACAUUUUCACCACUCUACCAGCAAACGCCAAGACCCCAUUCGCGAUGCUCCUGCCGAUCAUGAAGAUCUUCAUGCGCAACGUCACGUCUCGUACUGUGAUUCACUUAGGUGACGAGAUUCCUGAAGUGGUGUUGAUGAACGUGGAGGUCUUCAACUCGCUCUUCAUGUCCUACUGCAUGCAGAACUCGCCCUCGAUAUGGACGACUCUGGGUCUUAUAGUGAUCGACGGAACCCAAAUGAUCGCCUCAAUGCACGACGUCGACAAGGUCAUCAAACGCAUGCAGAUUGUCAAGGAUCAAGUGACCAAGGAGCGAGCCCGGCGUAUCGCUGAUAACCCAACGAUUGAGCAGAUUCUAGAGCUGCGCAGGAAGACAAUUCUGGGCUAUGCGCAAGACAUUUUGGAGCGUGACAGCUCAACCCAAACUGCUCAAGUUGUUCCGAAAGCUAACGACGCUACGAACGUGACGAAGCUCGAGCUCGACUAUGCUCUCAAUGUCCGGAAAGUGCUGUACAUCACGGAGUUUGUCAUCUUGCUCAACUUUGUCGAGGUGAUUGUCCCCAUUAUUUUCUCGGCGAAUCUGGUUGUGAUGUACCAUCUUCCCAAUCGCAACUACUACUCUCAAAUCAAGGGAAUGGACGAUGACAAGCUACGAAAAACUCUUGAGAAUGUGAUGUUGUACUGCUUCCUGCAGAUCCUAUCGCUUGUGGUCUUAUUCUACGUCCUGUGGCACCGACUGCGAAUCUCCGGACUCCGCGAAUUGGCCUUCGUACUGGAGAGACAAGGAGAGCAAGUGCAGACGAAACUCGUGUUCUGGGUUUUCUACAACGUACAAGCUACCAUGCAGCAUUAUGGUGAGUGGAGGCGCCAGUGGUGCUAA